AACUUUAGUUUGCAGAGUUGUUUUGACGUCUAAUAAUCAUGGAGGAUAAACAGUGCAGUUCGGACAGCAAUUUUGCCCCAGACCCAGGGGGAGCAAGAACAACACAAGCUACUCCAUGUGACCAGUCCUCAGAGAAAAUGAUUGGCAGACAGCUGACUGAACAGGGCCGCUUUGCUUAUGCUGCACUGUGUGGUGUCUCUCUGGGACAGUUGUUUACAGGACCUGAAAACAGUGUGUUCAGGGAACAGUAUCUGCAAGGAUUGGUCCGCUGGCUGGACCUGGAUGAGUCUGUGAUGCCAGUCAUGGGCGCGUUCCUGUCAGGCCUGGGCUUUGAGGGCUCUGACACCUUCCUCUCCACCUUACAGGCUGAAUCUUUGCUGGCUGCAGGGCCCAUCCCCAUCAUGCAGGAUCUGGUGUCUUUCUCUGUCGAAGAUGGCCAAUAUGAUGCCAGAUCCCGGGUUCUCAUCCGUCAUGUCAGCUGUCUGCUCCGUGUUUCUCCACAGCAGCUGGAGGAGUUUGAGGAAACACUGGGAGAGAGUCUGAGGGAAGCAGGAGAGGAGAGCGAAGAGGAGUCCUCUCGGCGGCGGAGAAGAGAAAGAGGACGGAAGUUACGGCGCUACUUCCUAAUUGGAUUAGCCACCGUGGGCGGAGGAACUGUGAUUGGUGUGACAGGUGGGCUGGCAGCCCCUCUGGUGGCAGCAGGAGCUGGUGCUGUGCUCGGGGCUGGUGGAGCUGCUGCUUUGGGUUCAGCCACUGGAAUUGCAAUCAUGGCCUCUCUAUUUGGAGCAGCAGGAGCUGGAUUGACUGGCUAUAAGAUGAAGAAAUGUGUUGGAGCUAUAGAAGAAUUUGAAUUCCUGCCACUAAGCUCUGGAAAACACCUUCACCUGACCAUUGCAGUGACAGGUUGGCUCUGCAGUGGUAAAUAUAGUUCGUUCCAGGCCCCGUGGUGCAGCCUGGGUGAAUGUGGGGAGCAGUACUGCCUGGUGUGGGAGUCACGUUUUCUCAGGGACCUGGGCUCAGCCAUGGCUUCUCUGCUGGAUGGACUGGUCAGCAUUGUGGCUCAGGAAGCCCUCAAGUACACAGUGCUCUCAGGCAUUGUGACGGCUCUGACGUGGCCCGCGUCCUUACUGACAGCUGCCAGUGUCAUUGAUCACCCGUGGUGUGUUUGUCUGAACCGCUCAGCUGAGGUGGGGAAACACCUGGCUCAGGUUUUGAGGAGUAGACAGCAGGGGAAGCGCCCUGUUAGCCUCAUAGGUUUCAGCCUUGGAGCCAGAGUUAUCUACUACUGUCUUCAGGAACUAGCCAAAGACCAAGGCAGUGAAGGAGUAGUGGAGGACGUGGUCCUCUUGGGAGCCCCGGUGGACGGCUCUGAAAAAGCCUGGAAGAGAAUGACCGGGGUGGUGGCUGGAAAAAUAGUAAAUGGAUACUGCAGAGGGGACUGGCUCCUGGGGUUCUUGUACCGCAGUUCGGCAGCACAACUCUCUGUUGCUGGGCUACAGCCAAUCGACAUUCAGGAUCGACGCAUAAUCAAUGUGGAUCUUUCUUCUGUGGUUAAAGGUCACUUGGACUACAUGCGUCAGAUGGACACCAUCUUGGUUGCAGUAGGAGUUCCCACCAAAGAAGUACCUGGAGCAUUGUUUGCUCUUCCUCAGUCUGUACAAUUUACAAAGGAGACAGCGGCCGUCUCGGAGCAAGCCCUCAGUGAGCACCAAGUGACUGAGACACAAAACGCGGCUGAGACUGGAGAGGCAGUGGAGGUGGAGGAGAAUGAGGAGCCGGGUGAUGGGUGGGAUAUUCCCGAUAUCUCGGAUCUGCUGGGUUCUUCAAAUGACACGGAAUCAGAGAAUCAAAUCACAGACAGAAACCAUUUACCACUGACAUCGGAGGACAACGACACGGGUGAUGACACAGUGUCUACUUUUAAAGCUCAGUGUGACGAUGUGGAGGAGGCCGACCAAGAUAAUGAACACGUAUCAUGGAGCUGGGAUGAUACGCACUGGAUUACAGAGCACACAAAUGAACAAAGGCAGCCAAACUUGUAAAGAGCAUGAGUGGGACCAGCUGCUUCCUUGUCAUUUCUCAUUCUCUCAAGUUUUCCCUAUCAAGCAUCAAAGCUUUGUUGGGAAAAAAAUAUUCAUUCCAUUCACAACACUCAGCCAUGCCAGAGACAGCACAAGAGUCGGUGCAUGCAUAUGGCAUCUUCAAGUGAAAAGCCCUUGAAUGAACUGCUUGUUUAACCACUAUAAGUGUCUCUAGACUCACGUCAAGUGUUACUGCGACUGAAGUAAUAUUUUCUUUAAUUUAUUUUCACUGUGAACUCACCGAGAUGUAAAUGUACCUCAUGUUUUGCAGGUUUUGAUAGAUGCAAAAUGGAUGUUAUCACAGUGAAUUCAUUUCAAUAAGAUCAUGGGCAAUCCAGCGAAUGUAUCAUGCCCAAGGUCUUUCAUUUCUAUAUUCCACCUGCAAUAAUGUGAAGCAUUGCUUACAAUGGAAUUUGCUCCUACCCCAUUCCCACUGGUCCAAAAAAAAAGGUUUUUCAUCAUUGGGAAGAUGUUUGAUCAGGAUUCACUCCAGGGUCAAAUGACAGCUUCGGUGCUAAUCUGCAUCAGAGAGAAUGUAAGACCAGGGUAAAUCAAUAAGAGCCAUGGAGUUUGUUUUCUGCUUCUGAUUCUCUCGUACGGCUGAAAACCCACCACAGAGCAGACCGGUGGGAAUGGUGUUAAUCGCCUUUAAAAAUCCUGGGUAUACCCGCUAAUUUAAGUGUAAAAAGAGGCUAUAAAGGACAGCAUUGCCCCCGUUGCAUACUAGUAUUGAUAACUGGAAAUAAACCAGGUCCAGUGUGUAAGCUUUAGGUGACAUUAUUUCCAUUUGGCAGAAAUUUAAUAUAAAAUAGUGAUACUGAUGUUUUGAUGAGUAUGAAUUGUUGUUUUUCAUGUCCCAAGAAUGAGUCUCAUGAUCAGCUCUAUAGAGGCCCCCAAGUUGGACCACUAUGUUUUUACAACAGUCCACAAUGGACUAACUAAAGACCUUUUGAGUUUUAAUGAUAACUAACGGCUACCAGAGAUUCUCCUACAUGAAAGGAAAGGAAAACAAUAAUCAGAUGGAGUGGCACUUAUUCCAUUUUGUCUCCAUAGACAUUUUUCUGAGAUGAUGAAAACCAACGUGUUCAGUUUAAUGGUUUUUUUAAAGGUUCAGUAUGUAACAGAAAAAGUGUGUCACAUAAUUAAGGUGACAUUUGCAUUCCAUAAACUGUGUUGUUCUUGUCACGUGGUCCAGUUCGGCUGGUGUAGAAACAUGGCAUAAAAGGCCUUAUGCUUGAUCAGAUCCCGUGGGUUGCAGGUCUAACUGGGAACCCCAGACUUCCCUUUCCCUGGCCACAUCAUCUAGUAGCUCUGACAUCUGAUCUUCAGGCACUCCUAUGCCAGUGAGGAGGUAUAAUCUCUCCACCUAUUCCUAGAUCGGCCUCUAGGUCUUCUCCCAGUUGGAUGUGCUCGGAACACCUCCCUAGGGAGGUGCCCUGGUCCCUGCCCGAACCACCUCAACUGGCUCCUUUUUCAUGCAAAGGAGCAACAGCUCUGCUCCAAGUCCCUCCCGGAUGGCUGAGAUACUCACUCUAUCUCUAAGGGAGACCCCAGCCACUCUUAUGAGAAAUUUCGGUCGCUUGUACCCACAAUUUUGUUCUUGUGGUCAUGACCCAUCACUCAUGACCACAGGUGAGGGUAGGAAUGAAGAUCGUCCAGUAGAUCGAGGGCUUUGCCUUUCCGCUCAGCUCCCUUUUUGUCACAACAGUGCGGUAGAGCGAACACAGCACCACUCCCGCUGCUCUGAUUCUCUGGCCAAUCUCACACUCCAUUGUUCCCUCUCUCGUGAAGACCCCAUAAUGCUUAAACUCCUUCACUUGGGGUAAAUACUCAUUCCCCACCCGGAUCCGUUUCCUACUGAGAAUCGGAGGCUCAUUCUAAGACCAUAAAAAGUGAUAUCCGAAAAUUCUUAUGGAUAUUAUGUGGUCAUUUCUGCGAGUAAACACUGGGCCUUUAAAUUUAACAUCUGGUUAAUCAUUAACUCAUGAUGAGUAAAUCAUGAAUCAUCAUGAACUUUAUUUAGUGUCAAAUUCUUCUGUGUUAGCUGACUUUUGUAAUUGCUAUUCAGUCCAGGUUGUCAACCUGAUUGGGGAGAAGCAAGGGCAACUCAAUCCCAGCGUGAUCAGCAUCAAACAGGUUGACGGCGUCCGUGGCGGUGGCCGGGGCGUGAGUGGGGUCAGAGGGCAGCGGAGACGGGGAGUUGCUGGCAAUGUUGGGCUCUCCCGAGUUGCGCAGAGAGAGGGACAGAGCCGGGGAGGGUCUUCUUGGUGACUGUGAGGAACAGCAGGGCAAGAGCUUUGCCAGAGCUCGCUUGAAGUCUCUCAUGAACAGCGGGUAGAUGAUUGGGUUCAUGGUGCUGUUGCAGUAACCCAGCCAGGUGAUGGCGUCAAAGAGCGCCAGGGGCACGCACUCGCACACCGCCUGAAUGAAGACGGUGAAAAGGAGGGAAAAUGAGUUCAUUUAUGCCAAGGUGUAAAUAAUAAUGAAAAAUGGAAGCACAUGUAUGUGCAUAUGCAUGUGGGUGGUGCAACACUGUCCUCGUGUGUUUUUCUGUAAUGUGCCAAGAAAUCUUACAAUGGGCUAAAAAAAAAGGAAAAGAGGAAGAAAAUCAAGGUCAAGGACACUUUAAAUUGUCAAAGACAAUUAAAACUUGAAGGAACUCGUUUGAUUAAUUAUAUUCAGGGAUCUUUGAGAGCAUAUGAUCUCCACGAUAUAAUGCGCAUUUAACGUCUCGCAUUUGACUUUUAAAAACACUGAACUUGAACCAGGUCUGUAGAGGGACACUGAAGGAGGAGACAGCUGUUAAAGGAGAGCUUCCAGUACUACCAUGAUGAGACGGGGAGGCGGUGGGAAUAGGACCGAAAGGAGGGGUGAGAUUCACACACCACAUUGAGUGUGAAAAGGAAGGAGAGCACAAACACAGUCAAGUGUCUGUGCUCCAUGUUAUGCAGGGGAGAAGCGAGAGGGCACAGAUGGGAAAUCAAAAUGACUGGAUCAUUGAAAGCUUGAAAAACAGGGCAAGUGUCAUUACCAAUUUAGAUUAAAUUGUUUUCCUGUUUGUUCACUGAGUAGGACGUGUGUGUGUGGGUGCAAACGCGCACAUGUUCAGUCUUAUCAAAUCAAAAUCAACAACUCACAAAAAAAUCAUUAUAAAUGGAACUUCUGCAUGUUUUUGUUGAGCAGGCUUUGGAAUGAGUCAGCCAUACGAAGAUGAAAUGCCAGUUUGUUUCAUCGCUGGAUAACUUGGCAGAGCUGUGACGCCAAACAUGGCCAAGAAAAAAAUAGAUCUGUAACCAAGUGUCCCCCCCCUUCAUUUCUUUUGCAUUUAUUUCACACUGUUGGUGCUCACAUUUAUUUGUGAGAAAAGCUCUGAAACACUGAGAUACUAUAUGAGCCAGGAAAGCAAUUAAAAAAAAAAAAAACGAAUGAGAGGAAUUGCUUUAACCUUUUGGCUCCUUGUUUGACUUAUUUUUGUAUGUUUUUCGUAUCCAUGAUUUGUUUGAUGUGUUACUUCCGUGUCAUAAUCUGUGCUGACCUGAGCCAUGUUGGUGAUAAAAAACGGAAGCCAAGCACUGAAGAAGAGUCCCAGGAGGACUCCCAGUGUCAGACUGGCCUUGAGUGCCCUCCGACCCUGUCUGUGAGCCAGACGACGCUCACUGUUCACUGACAGCUGUAAACAGAGGAGAGGAAGAAGAAGAGUUGUGAUUGAUUAUAUUCAUGUGAAUUUCAGAUACACUGGUUACUUUGGAAAAGCAAAUUAGAAUGUUUCUCCUGGUUUCUGUUGGCUAUUGGUUUUGUUUAGCAUAAAUAUAUAAAAGUGCAGGAAAACAGC